AUGGCUUCCUCACGGAAGCCCUUCUCCUAUCGAACGCAACACUUCCUCGACAAACUAAAGGUCAAAAACAACUCAGGAGAAGAGAACGGUCAAUUCGGGAAAUGGUCUAACAAAGAUCUUGAUCCUUCGCCUCCUUCACAACGUACCUGGUCCGCUUGGUCCUUCUUUGCGUUUCAAUUCAGUAUUGCUUUUUCGCCGACGACGUAUAAUGCCGGUGCUAGUUUGUAUGCGAUUGGGUUGAACUGGUGGACUAUUUUUAUUGCUUCUGUUAUUGUCUCAAUCAUGAUUGCUACUCUCCUGUUUCUCAACGCCAGAGGGCCUGCGAGAUAUCAUAUUGGAUACCCAACCCUAGUCCGAGCAUCUUCCGGUAUUUACGGAUCGCUCGUGUUUGUGUUUAUCCGUGGUGUCGUGGCAAUCUUGUAUAUGAGUAUCCAGACAUACUAUGCUAGCCAGUUCCUUGCUGUCAUGUUGCGAUGCGUAUUCGGACAUAGAUGGACUGAUUUCCCCAAUCACCUCCCAGCAAGUGCUGCCAUUACCUCUGCCAAUCUUCUCGCCUUCGGCCUCUUAUGGCUCAUCCAAUUCCCCUUCGCAUUCGUACAUCCCAGCAAAAUGGCGAGAGUAUUCCAAAUAAAAUCAGUUAUAGCCCCUAUCGGAUUGAUAGUAACCAUGAUAUGGGCACUCGCAUCAAGCCACGGCGCGGACUUCAACGGCCUAAGCCACAAAACCGUCUCAGGAGCAGCACUUGGAUGGUCAUUCAUGAAAGCAAUCAACUCCAUCGUCUCAAACGUUAUUCCCCCACUAGUCAAUAUAGCGGAUUUGGCUCGCUAUGUUCAGAAGCCACGCGACACACUUCCUAUGCCAAUUGGUCUGGUCGUGAGUAAGCCACUUGUUGUAUUUUUGGGAAUGAUAAUUACUGCUGCGGGAUAUAAGCAGUUUGGUCAUGCAUAUUGGAACCUCUGGGACUUUUACUCCAGCGUCUUGGACCAUUACUGGAGCCCUGGAGCACGAACACUUGUCUUUCUCGCUGCCGGUAUUCAGGCAUUCGCAACAUUUGUCACAAAUUUCACAAGCAACUCGAUCCCGGUCGGCUGUGAUCUUACAGGAUUAUUUCCAAGACAUUUCACUAUUGUUCGCGGACAAGUCCUAUGUUUCUUACUGGCAUGGAUCUGCGUUCCAUGGAAACUAACGCACUCCGCAACAUCAUUCUUAAACUUCCUGGGCUCUUAUCUUUGCUUCAUCUGCCCCAUUGUCGCCUGCAUGGUAGUCGACUACUGGGUAAUCCGCAAAGGCAAUCUCCACAUACCUUCCCUCUACAAAACUCAACCUGGCUCAAUCUACUACUACACCUACGGCUUCAACUUACGCGCCUUUAUCGCAUGGAUCGUUGCAAUUGCCCUCGUAAUCCCUGGUGUAGCGGGUGUCUUAUCCCCGGGAUCCAUUGGCAACGCUGCCAUUAAAAUCUACAACAUGGGUUUCUUACUUUCGACUACCUUUGCCGGAUUGGUUUAUUACGUGGCUUGUCGCAUAUGUCCUGUUGAGAUAUACCCUGCUGAAUUUCACCCGGAAACGAGAGAUAGGUCGUGGGAGGCAAUGGGGUACACGGAGGGAUUUUGUCCCGAAGAUGAGGUUAUACCCGAGUAUUUACGAGAGAAGGUUUUGGAUGGAACUAGUCGUAUUCAUGUUGCGACCAAGGAGGUAAUGUCUGCGCAGGGGGAUCGAGUUUCCCAGAAUUCCGCACAAUGGGCUUAA